GCGUCCGGCCAAAGGGUCAUUUUCCUUUCUUGUUUCAAAGAUGGCGGACACUACAGUGGAAGCUAAACCUGCAGACGAAUCGCCAGGUGAUAAGGAUUCGUUUAAAAUACACAUCCUGGAACAAGCUUUGGUAAGCUGCAGCGAGAAAGGCCUCCACAUUGAUGAGUACAUCACAGCUUACGAGGAGCUGUGUAUCUUCUUCAAUUUGUUGGGUUCUGUUUUUGGCUUCAUUACCUCGGACGUGAAGGAGAAAAUCGAAAUACUACGCAAGUUUAGGAAUGGACACAACGAAAGAGAUAAAUAUGAACGCGUUGAGAGGAUGAUGGAGCACGAAAUUGAAGUUAACAAGAAAACAGAUGAAGUGUUACUUGGCUCCAGGACUUUGCUACGUUUGCACAGAGCUCUGUCCUUUACAAUGUUAUUUAUGGAGAACCUGUCGGAAAGUUCUAACUGCGAGAAAGCGUCCUCGAUCGCCUCAAGUGCCUACACGCGUAGUCUUGCAAAGUAUCAUCCUUGGCUGAUCAGAAAAGCAGCCACACUAGCUAUGUAUACCUUGCCUUCGCGUGGAGAUAUGUUAAUCCUUGUUGCGAAUAGUACUGGCGAAGAAAAAGUUCAGAAAAUGUUGAAAAGCUGUGUUGAAGCCAUUCGCCGUGUAUACGAUGCAGUUGAAGCGUUGUAUACAAAGUAUGAUCUGCACGGGCUUCCUUAAAGUUGUCAAGUACUUUUAUCUAGUUGUUGACAAUUACACAGAAAUCUUUUUGAGAAUUAUCUACUGGCAAAAUGCUGCUUUGUUGAGGCAUACUUUCAUUAUGAUAUGACAUUUUUGAGAAUUUUUGCAGCAAUCAAGGGGCAUAUAAAUAUUAGUUACCCUAUUUUUAAUGGAGUAAGCAAUACUAAACAAAGUUCUUCAUAGAAGUGUUGUUAAAAUAUUCAGUGAACUUCAAGACUACCUUCUUUCCAGUCGGCAGAGUAUGGCAGAUGUAUGCAUAAGGUCAGUAUAGUUCUGGAAGCCAAAAAUUGCAAUUGCACACUGAAUUUACUAAAGAAUUUACUAAAGCAUACUAAAGCAUUACAGAUACUAAAAGGAGGUUUGCAUCUGGGAAAAUGUUGACAACAUGACUAUGCACGGCCAGGAUCUUGUCAAGAACUGCCAUACUUUGCAGACUGGCCUUCUUUCUCAACAAGAAACACUUGUAAAUUUCAAUAGAGAUGUUAUAAUCUGCAUAUAUAAAUUAAAAAUAAAAGUUUUUGAAUUCGUAAUUAUAAAUUGCGUUAAUGUAUCUAGGCUUCUAAGAGUAGACUUUGCUGAAAAAAGUUUUGCUUGUUGAAUUUCUUCACAUAUCAAAUCACAUACCUCUGAUAGUUAAAAUGUUCACUCGGAGCGAGAUUCUAUUAUAUGUAAACUCUGCAUGUGAAUUAUGAAUUCUUUAUGGCAUUAAUUUUUUAUGCAUUCUGUCACCUAAGCAAUGGAUCACACAAACAGAACUCUUCUAGUUUAUUAAUCUUGGCAACAAUUCUAAACUUGGCUUUGGUAACCUUUUUUAGAAAUAACUAAAAAUUACUGCCAAAGUAUUUUUUGUUAGUAGCCUCAAACACAGACUAGCAGAAAUACCUAUACAGACAUGUAAGUUUUUGAAUGUUGAAAUUUAGGUCACAGAAACAUUCAUAGAACCUAUCACCUUCUAUAUUGAGGCCUUUCCAUUAAUUAAAAUAUGUCCUUGGUUCAAAUGUUAGUAUAAAAUCUGUGAUUUAUUGAUAGUCAUUGUUUUCAGAUAGUCUUUGUGUUCAAUUGCUAUUUUUUUCCUACAAAGGCACUGGAAAACUUUUUCUCGCACUUGACUUUUUCAACAUCCUCCCCAGGUUAUUUAGUAAAAAUUUUGAACCAUAUUUGUGUGAUCAGAGAAGUAACAAUCAUUUCCCAGAUAAUAAAGGAAAACUGUAAAAUACUGUACUGCACGUGCUACUGUCAGGUAGCAUGACAGUGACACCAAGAGUCAUCACAUUGUAAAAAGCAAAUUUUUGGGCACAGUUUUUGUAAAUAUUUAUAGCAAAGCAAUCUAAAGGAUGGCUAAAUUUCGAAUUAAAAAACGAUUUUGUAAGUAAAGAACUUUUAAGUAAAACUUUCAAGCUAUCAGAAAGAGAUGUAAACAACCUAAUGAAUUUUAAGGUUAUCCUCUUUUUUCGUUAUCCCCAGUAAAAUUUAUCUUUACAGUUUUUAGCUUUCAUGAAUAGCCAAAGGUGGCCAGAGCAUCAAAACAUAUUUUUGAUGGAGACCUUUUUAAAAUAAUGAUUAAAAAAGUAAUAUUUGUUUUUUAAUGAUUGGUUUUGGAAAUAUUCCCUAAAAAAAUAAAGUUUGUUUCAUUUUUCA